AUGCUUUCCAUCCUUCGCAAGGCCCGACUGAAGGACAAGGAAAUGCGCAUUCUCAUGUUAGGACUUGAUAAUGCCGGCAAGACUACCAUAGUUAAAAAGAUUAUGAACGAAGAUGUCAAUACUGUUAGUCCGACGCUGGGCUUUAUCAUCAAAACAAUCGACUUUGGCGGUUACAAGCUCAAUAUCUGGGAUGUCGGAGGCCAAAAAACAAUAAGAUCAUACUGGCGCAACUACUUUGAAAAGACCGAUGCAUUAAUCUGGGUGGUCGACGCGACAGACCGCCUACGAAUAGAAGACUGCAAGGAGGAAUUGAAAGGGCUGCUGGUGGAAGAGCGUCUUGCUGGGGCAAGUCUGCUGGUAUUUCUCAACAAGAUCGACGUGAGCGGGUGCAUGGACGUGGCAGAAGUCACCAAAGCACUAGAACUCGAAAAGAUCCGGACUCAUCAUUGGACUGUUGUGCCUUGUAGCGCCAUGACAGGAGAAAAUCUGGAGAAAGGGUUGGAGUGGGUGGUGCAGGAUGCAAAGGAUCGUUUGUUCCUGUACUAG